AUGUCUUCUGUGCCUGAAAAAUUACCAUCAGGUUUUGUUUAUCUACAUAAUAUUAUACCUGAUAUUCAAGUUAGUUUACGAUAUGCAACUGAAGAAAAUUUUAUGGGAUGCGUUGUUAAUGGUUACUAUUCAAAUGUAGCAAUUAUGACAGAAGCAGCGGCUCUAGCUUUAAAACAAGCACAACAAUUGGCUAAAGAAAAUGGUUAUGAAUUAGUUAUUUAUGAUAGUUAUCGUCCACAAAAAAGUGUUAAUCAUUUUAUUAAAUGGAGUGAAGAUCCAAAUGAUCUACAAAUAAAAAAAGAUCAUUAUUAUCCUCGUAUUAAUAAAGAAGAUUCAUUUAAAUUAGGAUAUAUUGCUAGAAAAUCUGGUCAUACAAGAGGAAGUACAAUUGAUUUAACUAUAAUUCCAAUUGGCAAAUCUUUAUUAAAUCCUUUAGUGCCAAUAAAAAGAAUUCUUAAUGAUAAUUCAACUAUUUUAUUUUUAGAUGAUGGAACUGUUGAUAUGGGUUCUUCAUUUGAUUUAUUUGAUGAAGCAUCACAUACCAAUAGUAAACUUGUGAAUGAAAAUCAUCAACAAAUGAGAAUGAUGUUUAAAAGUAUUAUGGAAAAAGUUGGUUUUAUUAAUUAUCAGAGAGAAUGGUGGCAUUAUACACUUAAAAAUGAACCAUUUCCUGAUGUAUAUUUUGAUUUUGAUGUUAAAUCAUCUUAUUCUUCUUUUUAA